CCAAGGAAUGAAGACAACACUUUUAAAUAUCCUGUGUAUCUUAUACUUCAGAAGAAGAAACCAGAGUUAUUUAACAUUACUGGACUGUUGACACUUUUUGAAAAAACAUACAACAGAAAUAUCGGGCUAACUAUAGCAUGCGUCCUGUCUAUGGGUGGUAAUGACUUUUUGCCAAACUUUCAUGGGAUUUCUCAUGAUAGUUUAUUAUCAGAGGUCUUGAAAGAUGAAGACUUGCGCAACAACUUAGUUACUGUGUCUAGAGACGAACAUCAACUUCAUCUAAGCAAACGAUUCCUUCUCAACACAAACAUGUACAUCUGUCUAUACAAACGAAUGUAUUGUCCCUCAAAUCUAAAAAAUGAGUUACUAUUACUCGAGGAAAUACGGCAACUUACAAUAAAACCUCCCGAUAAAGACUUUAAACAUCCUCAAAACUGGAUGCCACCAAAGACAGCCUUACAGCAAUUAGGGAAAUUAGUACAAUGUCAACUGGAUUACUUUGAAACAAUAGGACAUCAUGAGGCAUCUUUACCCAACUUUAUUUCCAAAGGUUGUUUAAGCAAACUCGACGAUGGAUCUAUUCAGAUUGAACUGGGAUCGGACGCAUUUAUCCAAGAUCAAAAAUCACUUAUCACAAUAGAAGAAAAUACACUCAAGGAGAAACUGAGACAAUGCCAACAGUCAGACAACAAAAAGAGCAGAGCAACAAAACGGAGGUUACUGGACACACCACAGAAAGGGAAAAGUGGCAAAAGGGUACAGACACAAUCUACUCCAAGAAAAUUGAAGACUACAGAUUAAAACUGAGAAACAAAUUAAUGCGGUGGACAUAAUCCUUCUUUGUGUAUUUAUCAUAAUUUGACUUGUAUUGUGAUUUAUUUUUCUGUGUAACACUUUAAAACCGAAAAUGUAAUUAUUAAAACAUCGUCUGCUACUAUAAACAUAUUGUUUGUGUUACAUAUGUUAUCAGCAAUAGAGGUACAGCUUAUCUCAGUAUGGGUCACAUUCCUAGUGCAAUUAGAAUUGUCAAUCAAGAAGGGUGAUCAUUUUGAUCAACAAACCAGAGCUUUGUCGCUGGAGU